AUGACGGGGAAGGGUUCUGACCCGGUUCUCUCGACAGGACUUGCAUCGGUCCUCCCCGUAAACCCAAAACCAUGGUGGAAAACACCUCACCUAUUAACCCUGAACGGCUACAUCGCCUGCCUUGUUCUCUUCUCCAGCACAGUCGGCUACGACAUCUCUCUCAUGAACGGACUCCAGUCCCUAGACCAAUGGCAACUAUUCAUGCACCGGCCAACAGGCGCCUGGCUCGGCUUCAUCAACGCCCUUCAAUCUCUCGGCAGCAUGCUCUUCCAGCCCGUAGGCGCAUGGUCCGCCAAUCGUCUCGGGCGCAAGCGAACAGUACUCAUAGGUUAUAUUUGGCUCGCUCUGGGCGUCGGCCUGCAAGUCGGGGCCCCGAAUGCAAACAUGUUCGUCGCGUCGCGCAUGUUCGUCGGUAUUGCGGGUGCUUGGUUCCAGGCUGCUGUUAUCCUGGUGACUGAGAUUGCGUAUCCGUCGCAUCGGUCUCUUGUUACGGCCAUUUAUAUGUGCCAGUAUUACGUUGGGUCCCUGUUAUCGGCUUGGGUUGCGUUUGGAACAAGGAAUCUCGCUAGUGAUUGGGCUUGGCGGAUUCCUUCGCUGAUGCAGAUUGCUUUGCCGUUGGUUGCACUGCCAGGGACGUUGCUUAUUCCUGAGUCUCCGCGUUGGUUAACUCGGCAGAAGCGGGUGAAGGAGGCCAGAGAUAUCUUGGUUCGGUUUCAUGCCGGUGGAGAUGAGGGAUCCGAGCUCGUUGCCUUCGAGAUGGACGAGAUUACGCAGUCGAUCAUGCUUGAGCAGAGUGCAAAUGCAGAGUCUCGCUGGGUUGAUUGUGUGAAGACACCGGGUAACCGGUACCGACUCUUUUUGAGUGUGUCGCUGGGAUUUUUUGCCCAAUGGAAUGGCGGUGGCGUUGUCUCUUAUUAUCUCACGAUGAUCCUGGACACAAUCGGCAUCACCUCCGUCACAGAACAAACACUAAUCAACGGCUUCCUUCAACUCUGGAACCUAAUAAUGAGCGUAGUCGGCGCAUGUCUCGUAGAUCGAGCCGGCCGGCGCGCUCUCUUCCUAGCAUCUACGAUCAUCAUGCUAAUCAGCUACAUCAUGAUCACCGCAUUAUCCGGCAGCUUCAACACAACAGGCACAGCAGCUGUUGGAACCGCAGUCAUCCCAUUCCUAUUCAUAUACUACGCCGGGUAUGACAUCGCUUUCACCCCGCUAAUACUGGCUUACCCAGCCGAGAUCUGGACAUUCUCUCUGCGUGCCAAAGGAGUGGCCAUCUCGCAGAUGGCAAAUUACGGGGCACUGCUUUUUAACCAGUUUAUUAACCCCAUUGCUUUCGAGGCUAUUUCAUGGAAGUAUUAUUUUGUCUUUCUAGUUGUUUUGUUGGUUGUCUUGGUUACUGUCUACUAUUAUUAUCCCGAGACGCAUGGCUACUCGCUUGAGGAGAUGGCUGUUAUCUUUGAUGGGGAGCUGGCACGUGUCACUGACGCUGUUUCAGUGAAUAUGGAGCGUCGGGAGAAGCGAGUCGGAGUUGAGCACGCCGAGAAGGUAUAA